ACUCCAAAAUAGCGUUGCCAUAUCCGUGCCACUCGUCUCUCCUGCUCUUCUGUUCUCCUCUGUUUCGUCUCGCUUUCGCUCUUCAUUAAUCAACCAUCAUUAUUGUUGGCAGCCAAUUGUUCAUGCGUAAAGAAAGCUAGCGAAGCAUGACAAGAGACAGCACCUAUCAUACUUCAUCGUAUGACACAGACAGGGCAGGCCCCUGGAGCACAUCGCUCUGUGUCUCUCUUGUCUCUGAGUACCGAGUACAAUACCAUAUCACGACAUCAGGACCUGAGUUUACAGUCCGCCAUGAUGCUACUGCCAAUAAGUCUACGUACCUACGGAGUAUUGAUCUAUUUAUUACCCACUCUACUCCGUAUUUACGGGAAUACAAUCUAUACAUCUCACUAUCUAGUCCACCGCGGUCGUAUCUUCCAUCUAUUUAGUUCCUCAUCUACGAACAUCAUCACUGCCAUUAUUAUUCUUGUCAAGGCAUGCGCCAUUAUCAAUUACUUACCAAUACACUGACAUCUCAGGUCUGAACUGAAUUCUCCGCCUCAA